AUGGUAGAGCACCAAAAGGGAAUUGACCUUUGGGUGGGGCGUGAGUGGGUUUGGUUGGAUUCUGAACAAGACUAUCCCAAUGACUCUGAGUUGAGCAACAACUGCAGGUCCCUCUUCAGCUCGUGGGACUCCAGUCUGGAUCUUGAUGUGGGCAGCUGGAGGGAAACUGAGGAGCCAGGGACUGAGGAAUUAGUGGAAAGCAGCCCAGGGACAGAAUCUAGUGAGCUGCUUAUGGGGGACGGAGGCAGUGAGGAAUCUCAGGAAGAGACACAGCAAAUCAGCCACCAGAACCACCUCCACUUUCUCUCUGAGGUAGCUUAUUUAAUGGAGCCAUUGUGCAUUAGCAGCAAAGACUCAAGUGAAGGUUGCUGCCCUUCACCUGAUACCAGACAAGAGGAAAGGGAAAUUGAAGCUACUGAAGGAGAUGAGGAACCCUGCAGAGAGCCUGAAGAGCUUUCAGCUAAGGUAGAACCAUUGGUAGCUGAGGAGUCACUGGGAGAAAAUGGAAGGCCAGAGGUGGCUCCAGCUCCCUCAGAUAUUUGUGCAGUUUGGGGACUACCAACAGAGAACGAAGAGGGAGAGGUUCAGCAAGAAUCCAAAGAAGAGGACCAGGGCGAAGGGUAUGUGUCAGAGAUGGAAGACCGGCCCUCCUCAGGUGAGUGUGAUGAUGGCUCUAGCAUUCAGGAGGCUCCUCUGGUGGAUGUCCUUUUCAGCCAUGCUACUUCCUCAAAUCUGUCUGAUCUAAGCCAGAGUGAUCCUGUUCAGGAUCACUUACUAUUUAAGAAGACUCUCCUGCCAGUAUGGAAGAUGAUUGCCAGUCACAGGUUCAGCAGUCCAUUUCUGAAGCCAGUGUCAGAAAGGCAGGCCCCAGGAUACAAGGAUGUGGUGAAAAGACCCAUGGACUUAACUACCCUGAAAAGAAAUCUGUCUAAGGGACGGAUUCGCACCAUGGCACAAUUCCAGCGAGACUUGAUGCUGAUGUUCCAAAAUGCUGUGAUGUACAAUGACUCUGAUCAUCAUGUGUAUCAUAUGGCUGUGGAGAUGCAGCGAGAAGUUCUGGAGCAGAUUCAGGUGCUGAGUAUUUGGCUAGACAAAAGAAGAAACUUAAAUAGUCUGGAAUGAGAACCAGCCAACCCAGUGCAUGAUGAAAAGCCUGUUUUGUUAACCUGGAGCUGCUACCCUGACCUUUUCUGGAAUUUGGACCUUUCAUUGAGACUGAUCCAGAGAAGAUCCCAGUACUUGUUUACCUUCUCUGUUGUCUUUCAUAAUAAGAAUAAUACCUUAACUCACAACCUAGGAGUCAAAGAUGCCUGUGGACAUAAUUUUAAGAAAAGGGGGGAAACUUAUUUGAUGUAAUAAAUAUCACCCAUAUCUUUGUUCUAUAUCUAUAGGCUUAAUUUAGAGGUAAUUGGAUUAGACCUCUUAUGACUGCU